AUGAUGUGCACGUAUUUGUGCCACUCGUUCGAUUCGAUUGGAGAACUGCAUAUGUCUGUGAUUGGAUGGAUUGAGUGGUAUACCAUCAGCGUCGCCAGACACGUGCCCAUACUGAUGGCCGACGCAAUUAACAUGAAUUUGCGGCCCAAAAACUCAACUAGCUCGACCGUGGUGAGACACAGCAGGACCUGCGGGAAACCCGGAGGACGCGUUAUUGUUACCGACUAA